AUGUCAACUUCAAUAAAUCAAUUUAAUUUCACUGCUGAUGUUAAUAAUAAUUCAGAUGGUGCGGGUGAUAAAGAUAGUGAUAACGCUGGAACUCCUGUUAAACGUAAACGUUUAACUCAAGCAUGUGACGCGUGUCGAAAGAAAAAAGUUAAAUGUAGUGGCGAAAAACCAUCUUGUAAUAAUUGUACUCGACUCAAUGUUUCUUGUACAUACCUACCAAGUACACGAAAAAGGGGUCCAAGAGUUGGAUUAGUCGAAAGUUUAGAAAAGCGUCUUCAACAAAUGGAGAAACUUUUACAACCCCUUAAGGAACAAGGACUUGUAGAUGAUUCCGAUGAUCAAUCACUUAGUCCAACUAAAAAAUCUCGUCUUAAUUCUAUUGAUUCUAUUGAUUCUAAUACUAGUAACGACCAUGAUGAUCAAUUAUUUUCUGAUCCAAAUUCUUCGGCCACAUCGACAAUGCCUAAACUUCAUCAACAGUCUCAAGAGUUCAUGACUUCAACUAUAAAAACUCAUGUUUCCACACCGCCAUCCCAAUUUAAUAAACAAACGCCUGCCGGUCAUAAUGAACAAGUAGAAUUUAUUGACUCAUUUUCGCAGCCUUUACGGUCACAACAAAGUCAAUUUAGGAAUAAAAAUAUUUCACCUAUGAUUGAAUCGGUAAGAGGUGAUCGUAACUUGUCGAAUAGUCAACCUAUAAAGAUAGAAGAAGAGAAUGAUUUUAUGUUUUUUGGCAAUACUGCGGUGCAUCCAGGAUAUAAAAAGCAAGGUCUAUGUUCAAUUCCAACCAAUUCAGUCAUUAGUUUUCAAUCACAUAUUCCAAGUUCAGUAUUGUUUGUAUCAAAUGGAUUACCAACAGAGGAUAUUGUUGAACAUCUAGCUUUAUGUUUUUUUCGACAUGUUGGUGGAAAUAUGGCAAUGUUCCAUCAACAUACUUUUAUGCGCCGACUACGACAAAAUAAAGUUUCACCUUUCCUAAUCCUUGCUAUGUGCUCUGUGAGUGCAAGAUUUUCCGAUCACCCGAAUAUCAGGCGAGAUCCAGCUUAUCUUGCUGGUGAGCCUUAUUCAACUCAAGCAAACAAAUAUUUAUUAGAAGCAUUAGACACAGCUUGUCUUGAAAAUAUUCAAGCAUUUUUAUUGCUUGCAUUAUAUGGAUAUGGUUCAGCACUUGGAUCAAAAACUUAUACGUAUAUUGGUAUAGCUAUAAGAAUGGCACAUUCAUUAGGUCUACAUAAAAUUGAUGACAUCACAUCGAAUUCUUCACCUGAUUGUAAAGGUUCUGAAGACGCAUUUAUAGCUAAAGAAACAAAAAGACGUACUUUUUGGUCUUGUUUCGUGCUUGAUAGAUUUUCAUCAUGUGCUUUAGGGAGGCCAUCAAUUAUUCAAGAAGAAGAUUGUGAUGUUAGAUUUCCUUGCAUUGAAUCAAUUUGGGACUUGGAAAAUCCUUAUAACAGCCCUGCAAUUGAUGAACUACUAAAUAGUAAUUACACUAAACAGGGUUCUUCAUUUACGUUAGCUACAAGUGGAAUUAGUGCUUGUUUUUUCAGCGCUGUCGCUUUAUUAGGUCGUAUAUGCUCAUAUGUUAACCGUUCAAGACCAGCAAAUGCAUUAUCACCUUGGGAUCCAGUGUCAGAAUUCUCUAUGUUGCAUAAAGAUUUAGAGAUUUGGUAUCAGUCAGUCUUACCUAAUUAUGCUUAUUCCCGUGAGAGAAUGCUUGAGUUUAUAGCUGUUGAUAGGGCAGGAGCUUUCGCUGCAAUUCAUUUAUUUUAUCUUACGGCUGUUGUUGUCCUUAAUCGAGCAAUCGUAAAAGCACGGAAAUGUGAAUCUAAGGCAAUCCCAAACGAAUUCUAUCAUUUAUCUUAUGAUCGUUGUUAUAACGCAGCAAAACAAGUUAGUUCUAUUGCUUCUGAUAUUCUUAAAAUCAGCAGUCCAUGUGUAUGUCCUUUUACCACAUAUCCUAUGUAUGUCAUUGCAACAAUUUACAUAUGUCAGAUGAAUAGUGAAGAUAUUACAAUUGUUAAUAUCGCAAAAGAAAAUGUAAAAAUUUCAGAACAAUAUUUGGAGGAAAUGGGGGCAUUAUGGGCAACUGCUAAAAAAUUGAGAUGUAUAUUGGGAAAUAUGAAAAAAGAUCAAGUUUAUUUGCCUACUUCGGAAUCAUUUUCAUCUGGAAAUAAACGGUCUUUACAAAAUGAGAGUGAAAUAAUGUCAGAUGCAGGACUCAUGGCUUAUUGGAAUAGUGCAAUUAACACAACAGACGUUAAUAUAAUUAAUAAUACAUCUAUGAAUGCAUUUCCUGAUCAAAUUAUAUCAUCUCGAUUUUUAUAUAAUUUGGAUCAUCCAUUUAUAGGUGAUUCAUGGACAAAUUUUCUUCGAUCACCUUCAGUUUCACCAGGGUUUCUAAGAAGGUUCUCAAGGAGUGCAGAAAGUGGGGAAGGCGCUAAUGAAGAAGGAUAUUUCUCACAAGACAUGACAUUAUAUAACAAUAAUAAUCAAUUUGCAUACGAUUAUUCCAUGAUAGGUGAUAUGUCUACUGCACAACCAUUUACUGAAUGGUCAGAUGGAAGAAUCAUGCCAAAUCGUAGGAAUUUAGUUGAUAUGGGUGAAAUAGGAUCAAUGAUUCCAAAUUCAUUAACACCAAAUCAAGCCAUAGCAUCAUCAAAUGUCAAUGUUCUUGUUGGAAAUUCUACGAAUUCACAAUUAUUAAAUCCUAUAGCAUUAGCACGAAGAAAAGGUGAUUUUUAG